AUGGCCGCUUCCCCUCGGAAAACGCUUCUUUCUCUUUCCCCUCCUCUCUUUUUUCUCAUCUUUUUCUCCUCAAUUUUCCUCCUCACUGCUGCAUCUCCACUUCAAUUUCUCGAUUUCACACUCGCCGAGAUGGCGACGAAGCUGCUGUACUUGGUGGUGCGGGAGGAUGACGACGGCGCUCAGGGAGGGAAUAAUGCGCCGUCGUUUCGGUACUCGCGUCCUGUUCUCCAAAGCACUCUGCAACUCAUGGGUUGCAAGCCUCGUCAUGCCUUUAAGAUUAGCCAGCGGGUAUUUGAAAUAAUGAGACUUGGGAGUCUGGAGGAGAGAUCGUUUCAAACAUGUUUAGGGGUUCCACACGAACAUGUCAAGAUAUAUCCCAACAGGGAGUCUGAAUACCAUGUUGAUGCCUUUGUGGACAAAGCAGAUGCUGAUACAAUAGCUUUAGAUAAAGAUAAGAGUAAGAGCAGACCAUUUGAAUUGUAUAAAAAACGCACCACUGUUGUUGUUAGAAGAAAAAAAUUUCUAGAUGUUGUUUGUGAAGCACUUUCUGAGUACAAGUAUGUUGGGCCGAACCAGAGGGCGGAUUUAGUCAUAGCUUGCAGGGUCCGAGAAAGAAAGGAGUCUGUAACUGUGUUACUCUGUGGCACGAGUGGUUGUGGAAAAUCUACCUUAUCUGCUUUGCUGGGUAGCAGGUUGGGUAUCACAACCAUUGUUUCUACAGAUUCAAUUCGGCACAUGAUGCGAAGCUUUGUUGAUGAAAAGCAAAACCCUUUACUCUGGGCCUCAACCUAUCAUGCGGGUGAAUAUUUAGAUCCACUUGCUGUUGCAAAGGCUAAGGACAAAAGGAAGGCAAAGAAAUCAGGUGGCAUUUCAGUGCCCAAGAAGGAAGAAUCUACUACUUAUAAUACAAGUGGAAGAGCAGAAGAAGAGAAUAAUAAGUCAAGUGAGUUGAUAAGUUCAAAGCAGAUGGCGGUAGAAGGAUUCAAAGCACAGAGCGAGAUGGUAAUAGACAGUCUCGAUAGACUGAUAACAGCAUGGGAAGAAAGGAACGAGUCGGUGGUGGUAGAGGGCGUUCACCUAAGUCUUAAUUUCGUGAUGGGGCUGAUGAAGAAGCACCCUUCCAUCAUACCCUUCAUGAUCUACAUCUCAAACGAGGAGAAGCACCUGGAGAGAUUUAGUGUGCGUGCAAAGUAUAUGACGCUGGACCCUGCUAAGAACAGGUACGUCAAGUACAUCCGCAACAUCCGAGCCAUCCAAGACUACCUCUGCAGCUGGGCGGACAAGCACCUCGUGCCCAAGGUGAACAACACGAAUGUGGACAAGAGCAUGGCCGUGAUCCACGCCACCGUCUUCAGCUGUCUGAGGAGACGGGCCAUAGGGGACCAGCUUUACGACCCCCUCACAAACACCAUCUCCACUGUGGACGAGGAGUACAGAAACCAGCGGGCUGUCACCUCCGAGGGGAAGGGGAUUUUCCAGUUGAUCCAGAGGAAAGGCUCCAGUAGGCAGCUCAUGGCCCUUCUCAAUGAUGAUGGUUCAGUGGCCAAGGCCUGGCCCAUGAACGUUGUGGGCCACUGUGCCGGCCCUAUGUACGGACCCCUCAACAUAGGCAAGGCAGAGCCCGUCAACCUGCAGUUUGGUCACUUCGGGAUUACCGCGUGGCCCACUGAUGUUGGGGGCACCAGCCAUGCCAGCAGUGUCGAUGAGUCGAGGGGAGAGUUGACUGAUAAUGGGAGUAGGUGCUUCUCUUCAUGCUGCAGCUCCCCCAGGGGUCUUGCCAAGGAGCUCAAGGAAGAAAUGUCUGUGCAUGGUAGUGAUGAAGAGGUGGUCGAGUCCCUUGAUGUGGAUAGCGAUGAGGAUCUUCAUGACAGAGAGAAAAACCAAGAAGAGUUGGAAGGCUCGGUGGACGAGGGGUCAAACAAGUCGGACGAGGAGUAUGAUGAUCUUGCUUUGCAGGAUUUUAUGAGCGACUGCAGCAUGAUAGAUGAUGAUGAUGGGGACUAUUACUACAAAAAUGAACUGUAUGGUAUGCUUUCCCCUUCUGCUAACAUGUUUAAUAUAAAAAGCGGAGGCAACUCUCAGGGGGAGAGAUACCAGCAGAAUCUUGACCUCUUCCUUGGAACGAGACACGAGCCUAUGAUGUGCUCAUUCACACCUUACUUCAAGGGGAAAUAUAAAUUAAAGAGACGUUCGUUGAGCAUACCGGCUUUGGGGAAGCUUUCUUCCCUCGCAACCAAUCAGUAA